AGUCCCUCACUUGUUGGAUCUGUAUUUCCUUAUAAUAUUUUCAGUAUUUUUCUGUUUACCAUCAGUGGAUUUGAAUGUGAGCCCGUCAUACUGGCUACAUGCGCGUAAAAGGGGGCUCUUCCAGAGGCGCCCCCGUCCUCUUUCCCCUGUAUUUGACCCGUCUGCUGCACCGUGCUUGUGUUCCUCCGGGUGUGGGUGUCUCCACGCAGGUCAGCCUGGUCUGCUGCGUGUUGGUCCCACGGCGGGGGGGUUUGGUUUUGGCUUAGAAGCGGCGCAGUGCGCCCCGGACUCCGGCUCAUCCUUGGAGAAGUGCCGCUGCAGCCCCAUCCCUGCGCUGUAAGGAUGCUGGCUGCUUUUCUCAGGGUUGCAUCCACAUGCGUUUUCAGAGCAACUAACUAAACCAGAUAUGUUCAUUUCUUUGACUGGAUUUCAGUGCAAAUACCCUCCAAACACGCCCCUGAUGUGUUAAGCUACUUUGCUGAAAGUGAGUAUUACAUAGUGACAAGUAGGGUUUGAUGGAGAGCUGGUCGGAUGACAGCUGGAACUGUUGUCAUAACUGGAGGAAUACUGGCCACAGUGAUACUGCUGUGUAUCAUAGCCGUGCUCUGCUACUGUAGACUCCAGUACUACUGCUGUAAGAAGAAUGGAUCUGACAGCGGCUCCCUCUCUCAGCAACACUUUGCCUGCAACGCCUGCAGCAUCACUGGACUGGAUGGACCGAUCAGCACCCCUCUGUCUCUGUCCCCACCAGAGCCGACCAAGUCCUUCAACCCCACCAAACCGACCGUGGGACAUCGGCGCUACUGUCCCACCUGCUCACCGUACGAGUCCCCCUUCUACAUCCGUACCACUGACGCUAUGCGUAAUGGAGGGGAGCGCGUCACCUACAUGCCAACACACUAUGAGAACCAGGCAUUGGCAAUGCCGCUGCCCGCCAUCCGAGGCCCCUUGCUGAGGGAAGCCCAGGGAGGUCGGCCUCCUGAGUUCUACACCAACACCCGAGCCAUCAGCACUGAGGUGUGACCACCUCAUAUUUAUUUUCUUUACACCAGCGCCACUGAAAAGACACAACCACUAUUGUAAAUUUUGGCUUUCAAUGCAGAUGCUAGUGAGUUUGUGGAGGCAACACAUUUGUAGACAAUCUUGGUUGUGAUGGAUUUAUCUGAGAAUUAUUCUAGCCAAAGCUGGGAAUGAUAAAUAAGGACAGAGAAGUUCCUGAAUAUUAUUGUCAAAAAAACUGAUCCUGACAAAUGUACCGAUAUGCAACUAUAUGAACAGUAAGCCUGCUGACUGUUAAUGGGACUAAAUCCACUGAGGGCUAUCUAGAAUUAUGUAUGAAUUUCCUGUGAAAUGUGUCUUCUACCAAACUUUAGUGUCAUCUGAUUUAUGCAUAGGUUAAAAAAAGACAGACAUUUCUAUCUUUUUUUAAGUGGCUGACAAACAGCACAGUUUGGGGAUUUGUGCAAGCAUGAGUUAGUUGCAAAGCAGGAUACAUCUGGAUUGGAAUCCUCUAUGCAAGUUCUUCAGUCAACACCCUAGCUUUUCAUUUCCAGUCUUCUUUCAGCAGUUUUUAUGCAGAACAAUAUAUCUGAAUAAUAUUGUCAACAACUUGUAAAAUGUAAAGAUGCUACACAUGUAGUGAGAUAAAAUAAAAAGAACCUUUUAAUAGUACUAUUUAAUCAAACCUAUACCUUUCCUGAGAUAAAAGGUUGCUUUUCAUGCAUUAAGACAUUACAACUCAAAUGUAAUUACCUGGUAAUAUCCUGGAAGUUCAAUGGUUACUUUCCCAGAUCUUACACCAAGAUAGUUUUUUUUUCUCCGAGAGUCACAGAUUAUUUUUCUGUAACAUUAAGGAAGCUGAAACUACCUUUCAGGAACUUUCCUGGACUUCACCAGAUGUUAGAUUUCCUCAAAAAAAUACUCUCUGAUUUUUGUGAAUGCAACCAGCAUGUCCCAAGAAAGCUUUUGAACACUUUUGGUAAGUUGUAUGAAAGUACCUUGUGAUGAAAGUACCCAGAAAAUACUUGAAAAGAUAAUUCCAGGUUCUAGCAAAGUUGACAGAAAGUUUCAGCAGAAUCUCUUAAAUAGACCCUGGUAAGCCUAAAUGUAAAUAAUGAGUUUAGGGAAAAGUCUCAGUCCCUUUAAAAGUCAGGUAACUUAGAAAGUACCGAGCAAGUACCUGGCAAGUUCUGUGCUAACUUUCUAGUCAAGUAUUUUGUAAUCUUCUUGAAGGUUUUGAGGAACUUCAUAUACUUCAGGAAGGUUCCAGAAAGAACCAGGUAUGCGUGUUGGAAAGGUCCCUAACACAAACCCCUUGGUUCUGGUAGAGAAAGGCCUGUAAUAUGUAGCGAUAAUAAACUUUUAUUUUUUUUUUACAGAAAAGAAAAGAAAACGUGUUUUAAUUCUUUUUUAACAUGUAGCUAAACAUGACAGAACCUGAGCCCAACAUAUGCUUACAAUCAACUCAGUUACUUUAUCUGAAAAAGACGCAAAAAAUGUUUGUUAAUAUUAACCUAAAGAUAAUCUCUCAAUCCCACGUUUUUUGAAAGGUAGUGAAGCAAACAUGGGAUUUCUAUCACACUACAGUUCUGUACUUUUCUUUCUCUCCUAAUCUGUUUACUAUAUAAAAUGUAAACACUUUUGCAAUUUCUUUUAAGACAAAGUUUUUGCACAUUUUUGACUCAAAAUUAUUAUUAUUUACCUUCUUUUUGGCCAUUUAAAAUGCUGUUUCCUGUGAUAUUGGUCUUCUGUGUACAGGAUGGCUGUUGUGGUGGAGCAAUAAACCUUCAUGACUUGAAAGUUGUGAAAUCAGCAACAAGCAUUAAGAUCUAUUUAGAAGGGUUUAGCAAACAUACAUGUCUUUAGCAAAUAUAAACCUCUGUAAUCUCUUUCCAAAAGUGGCGUAGAUGAAAUUUAUUAUUUUUACAUUUGUCAGAAAAAAAACUUAAAACACUUUCUAACCACAGUGAAUGCUUUUUGUGAACUUAGCAUGAAAAUGUCUUUUUCAGAUGGGUUUCCCUGGAUUUCAUGUGUUUAACUAAAACCAAACGAAAUAAUCCAUAACAUUUCUUAUCCGUGGGAUUCUGUAAAAUACCGUAUGGCUGUCAUCUUGAACAGCUUUAACUUCCUUCAUUUAUUUAUGUAGCGUACAGUAGCAACUAUCUAUUUUACUGUUUAUUCAACCUGUUAUACUUAAAAUAAUAGAGAAAACGUUUUUAAAUAUGGUUUCAAAGAAAACUGUACAUCAUAACCUUGAUGGUGUUUCACU